UGGACCAAAAUCCAAUAUGGCGGAUGUUUACACAGAGUCUUCAGGAGACCCACCAGAAGAUAACACUGUAGAAGAAGAGAGUGGAGAGAUAAAACAUACAGAGCAGUCAUCUGGGGUGGACGACUCUACAAAAGCCUGGUCAACAACCCCUCAAAAUCCAUUUGCACCUCGACCUGCUUUGAAGACAGACAUUGUUUCUACUGCCUCACAUCACCACCACUUCGCACCAUCAGGUACAGUUGAAGUCCCCACCAUCAAAGUCCAUUUAGCCCCCAGUAAAUUUAGUCAACCAGGUGCAGCUUCAGGAGACCCAGAUUCAGACGAAGACAGAGGUAGCCCUGGUCACAAGUCUUCCAUACUGUUACCAUCCAGACUAGGUAUAUUAAAUAAAGCUGACACCAUGCCUAGUCCCUCCAAGUGUCUACUGCGGCCCUCACCCCUUGCUGUCCAAGUCCAGAGUAUGAAACAGAAGGACGAGAAAGACUCAAAGGAGAAGGAGAACCAGGAUACGUUGGAUAGGGAGGAUAACCAUAACAACGGGUCAGGUGAUCCGCCAAUCAACAGCUCAGGUCUACCUGGUCCCACAGCAGAAAACUAUUUUGCGACUGCCCUGACAGGGAAUGAAAAAUUAUCAGAUUCCACAACAGAUGCUGGUGGUGGUGGUGCGGCCGCCGCCGCUGCCGCCCCUGAGUUUAUAUUUGGUCAAAACCUCACGGACCGUGUGACAGGUGUACAAACAUCACCUGGUAACAAAACCUCGCCUACGUCUGACGGUGGAUUUGUUUUUGGAACAAAUUUGGCAGAGCGUGUAGUAAAAACAGAUGGUGCAGAUAAAAAAAAUGAAAGAAACCAGUUAGACUCGGAUGACGAAUCUGAAUUAUCAAAAUCUACAGGUUUAGAAAAAGCUAGAACAUUGGAAGAGUCUGCGCGUGAAUUCCAAGCAAAGCAUGAUCGACGGCCAGAGUACAAAGAGGUGGAAGUAAAAACUGGAGAGGAGGACGAGUCUAAUGUUUUACAGUCCACCGGGAAACUGUUUGUAUUUGAUGGCCACAAUCAAAGUUGGAUAGAACGGGGAAGAGGUUUACUGCGAAUAAAUGAUCAGAGGUCACAAGUGUCAUCAGAGUUCCAGUCACGACUUGUGAUGAGGACACAAGGUAGUCUAAGGGUAAUACUCAACACCAAGAUCUGGCCCGCCAUGACUAUCGAGAGAGCCAGUCAGAAAAGUCUCAGGAUCACUGCCACUGAUGGGGAGGAUGGAGUCAGAGUGUUCCUCAUUAUCACAAGUCCCAAGGACUGUGAGAACAUUUUGCGAGCUGUGGACUGGCGAAUACAGCAGCUCAGAAUGCGGGAGGAACAAGUAAAGGACAUCAAGGGAACAGAGAAACGCAAAGCUGACUCAGACUCCGCCACAGAGGAGUCAAGUUGCAAAAAAGCAAGGUCUUCAGACGAGUCAUCAACAGCACCCUGUAAUACGAAGAGAGAAGAGUCGGAUAGCAGUGUGUUAGAUCCUGAAACUGAUGUUUCAUCAGAAAGCUGUACAUCAUCAUCCCUAACAGUCAGGUCCGAGUCAGACUGAGGACCGAACAUUCAAAUAUUCGUCAAUGCAAAGCAGAAUAAGUCCCUGAGAAGUUUGUGGAAUGGAACACCUGGUGAUUUAAAGACCGUGAUGAAGCUCAGACAGAGACAUGUCGACCGGAGUUGGGCAUCAGUUCAAAUUAUUCGUCUUUCAUACAAAUGUUUAGUUGGUCAUGUUAGAUUCUGUCGUAGAGCUUCAAACCUGUGUAACAAUUAUCAUUCAAGAAUUGUCUUUAUUCUUUAAACAUUUGAAUUACUGGUCUACAUACAAUGGUUUGAAUAUGGUAAGUUUUGCUCAGAUCAGGUCUAUUUACAAGUAAUUGAUUGACCAAAAUUAAAGGGAAAAAUGUUAUGUUUAAAUAUCUUGAAUUGAAACAAUGAUUUACCACUAAAAUACCAUUAACAGUAUUUCAUUAAAAAUUAAAAUGUCAAACUAUUCUGAAAUAAUUUGAAUUGCUUAUUGUUGUACAAGGAGCAUUGCAAUAUUGUUUUACUUUAGGGAAAGUCUCAUUGAUCUGUUUCUUGUAUAUUAAGAGACUGUGAUAGGCUCUUUCUCUUGGAGAAUUUAAGUUGCAUUUUUUCCCACUUUCAUAUGAUAUUUUCUCAGUAUGAAUGUUAAAACAGUUAACUACAAUUUGAGGAACACCAUUUGUUAAAAAAUAUUAAGGAGAUAUCCAUCUUAUUUUUAAUAUUUAGGGUGGAUAAAUGCAUUUAAAAUGUUAUAUUAAUGUUUUUUAAUUCCCACCAUGAAAAAAGGUGCAGGUCCGUGAAUAAAGGGUACACAUAUAAAUAAACCUGACCAGUUUCCUCAUUGUAAAUGUAUCCAAUGUUGAUUGGUAGAACUGCAGUAUGGGUAGAUGUGAAAAACACUGCAAAUAUCUUCUAUUUACUGACAUAUCUAUUUUGCGUUGAAUAUGCUUUGAUCAUGAAUUAAAACAUCUCACAAAUAUUUAUUUCAAUAAACAACACUCAUAGCUGUUGUCUACUUGGCAUUUUUGAUUAAAAAUCUUCACAAGUAUUAUUGUUUGAAAAAUGAUCUUGAAAAUAUUUUUUUUUGAUAAUGAAGUGUUUAGCCAGUAUGUAAUUAUGUAUAACUUGACACUUGAGAAUUCAAAUGUCAAAACCGCUUUAUUUCUUUAAUAACCCUUUCACUCCUAUGUAACUUUAAUAACCUUUACCAUAAAUGAAUCUGGAUGAGUCUAUUAUGGUCUACAGUGUUGAGAGGGUUAAUAGUCAUCUGUUUCUCAAUUUUACCUACUUGUAAGAAUGUCGGCAAUUGUAUCAAAACCCAUUUAGUCUACAUAACACGAGGUAUCUGUACUACUUGUGUUAAAUUUGACAUCUUUCAAUAACAGAAAAGAAGUGUUAGAAAAUAUAUGCUGUGUAUUAAAUGUCAUGUGACAUAGCGGCUGUUUAUUUUUAAAUUCUGUCAUUGUUUUGAUGAACUGAUGACGGCCUCCAAAGGAAACAUGUAAACCCAGAAAUGAUCCAGAUGAUGUUGUGUUUAGUGUUAGAAAAAACGUUAGUAUUCAGGAACAAACCUUUCUGUCUGAUACUUGGUUAGGUGAAGGACACAACAGUCAAUAAAUUGGAUGGUUAACAAUAAAUGUACUACAAAAUCUAUUUGAAAUUAAAUGUCUUUUAGGGGUUGACGAUAAAACUUUAACCCCACCCCCACCCCCGCCCUCGAUAUUUGCUAAUAAAAUGGCAAAAGGAGUCUUAAACAAUUCCUUUGACCCAGUGUCGCGUAAAACAAGUUGUCUAGAAAAAAAGGGUUUCUUGGAAAAGGUAGCAGUUAUGCAAAUAAUUGAAUCUCAUCUAUUAACUAAACCUAGGGUUCCUUUUGGUAUUUACAUGAAGGGUACGCAUCUAAAUUCACCAAGGUUUUUUUCUUUGGUAAACCAUGAAGUGUUCAAGAAUUUGUUUAAAUGAAAAGUAAAAUUCUUUUAAUCAUGCUAAGGAUAAUAUGAUAGCAUUUAGGUAACUAAAUAUAAACAACUAUGUUUAUGUUAUGUUUUUACUGUUAUUUUGCUCUCCUGCUUUGUAACAGAUUAAAGGUAUAAUAGUAACAUUUCUGAAGUGGCCAGCUGUCUGUUUGCCAAAGGCAUCCUUGUGCACAUACAAAAUGUAAAGUAUGGCUCUCUGUUAUUAUAAACCAUCUUGACAGGUUUCAGUACAAUAUGCAUUAGAAUUUAUUAGUCCUACUAAUACCUCAUUUACUGUUUGAUUUAUCACUGACUAUCAAUAUUUAUGUUGAAUAAUUUAUGAUGACAGCUUGAAUUUGCUUUAAAAACAAAUACAAUAUAUUUUCAUUUGCAAUAAUUUUUCCAUUGAGAUAUUCUGGAAUGGUGUUGUAUUUAACACCAUCCAGUCAGUAUUAGCUGUUGCUAUUUCAUAUUGUACCAGUAUAUUGUCAUUAAUGUUAAUAAUUAAGUUGUUUUUCAUUCUAAAUGGUGCCCUUGAAUUGAUAUGUAAUUGAUGGAUAAAGGAGGUAUAUGAACAAAAAACACUAGUACAAUAUUUUUGUUACUGGGUGUUGGCUCAUCAGCAUUAAGUUAUGAAAAUAUCUACUAAAAGAAAACAAAUUGGUUCAGGAAACAAGAUAACUGAAGAGGUCCACUGAGUGGAAGGGGCAGUUGACAGUCAAUAUCAAAAUGAAUUCAGUACAGUAGAGCACAUGACGGGACAAGUACUCAAAUAAGUCGGCCAGGAUAUUCUCUCGUGUAAUCAAUGUUAUAUAUAACUUGUCCUCCGGUCACUUAAUACAUAUAACCAGUUAAUCAUCUGCAAAAUUACAAUGUAAACAACUACUAUUAAACAUCAACCACUGUCGCCUGUCAGUGACGAUAUCUGUGCUGUGUUACAGAUGUAUUGUACCGUUAAUUACUGUCUCUAAUUAUUAAAGCACCUUGUACAGAAGCAAGCAUCUCAUUGUCUUUGAACCUACAUUAUCUGAAUCACUUAUAAGCUUGUUCUUCAUCUGAAAAACCCACUGAUUUGAAAGUUUUUGUUGACUUCUGCUGUACUGGUAACAUGAUGUUCGAAUAGUUGUCAAAGUUGUUGUGGAGAUAACAUUUAUUCUGCAACAAAACAUUUGACAGCUUCAUUUGUCCACCUUUGAUCAGAAUUAUCUGUCUUUGUUAUGCAUAUAUAAUGCUGUCAACUAUGUUGAGAGUACACGUCAGAAAUUUUAACGAUUGAAAAUGUUUGUGUUGCUGUCAGAAAUGUGCAACUCUAAUACAUUUGAUAAUUUCACACAAAAUAACAUUCAAAAAUGGACAUUUGGUUUUGAAAAUCUUUUUUUUUUUUUUGCAUGUUUUUAUAAAUCCUAUAGUGCAACAUACCAGUAGACUAGUAUUGCACCAUAUGUGUCCCUGCUGUCUCAACUUCUGGAAGAUUGAUUUUAUGAAAUGUAAUGGGCAGAUGUAUCGUGACUUGACAGUACUUUCCGGCCCACAUCUCAAAAGGUCAAUAUCGCCAACUAGAGAUCAUAGGUCAGACCAUUGCAAUCCUUGAGAGACAGAGGCCAAAACUGUCUUCCUAACAGACGUUUUAUUGAUGACUAUUACAUGAUGAGGUUUGAGUGACAAUUUAGGUCAUGUGAUCAGGAAAUGUAAAAACAAUAUUGACCAGGGGUGGAAUAGAACCUAUUAGGCAGACUUGAGAAUCAUGAUAAUGUGUGUAGUACAUGGUAGACAAUUGGUCAUGUUAAGUAGGGGAAGAUUACAGAAAGAAUAUCAGAGAGGUAUCAAUCCCACAAUUGAUGACCUGAACAUCAAGAACGCAGAUAAUCGUCCGGAUCUCUGUGACAGUGAAUUUUAUUAGCAAGGCUUCAUUGAUCCAUAUGAAGGAGACCUUAUAUGUUAUUUUGAUGUCGGUGGAAAUUGACAAAACAAAACAACAAAAAUUAAACAUAUUGUGGAAAAUAUAUGGUAGUUUAAGACCACACUUUACUACAUAUUAAAGUAAUAAGCUUACUUAAUGCAUUUUCAGGACACUGUCUCUUUGAUUGUGUAUAAUUCUUUCAGAACAGCUCAAAAUAAGAAAGGUUGUGGAGCGUCGAGUUACUUUUUACAAGGCAUUCAAAACACAUUUGCAACUUGUUUCGUUAAGAUUAAGAUUAAGUUGAUAAAGUUAUUUAACUAAUAACUUCUCAUUAUGGAAAAUUUAUUCAGUGAUUCAAAGCUCAAGUUUUCAUGUGAGAAUCUUAAUAAAUAGCAAUCUUUGCUAUGGCUGGUAUAUAUAGUAAGUGUAGAUCUAUUAAUCCAAUCAGUAGAUGUUUAUUAUACAUUGAAAACAUAUUACACCCUCUUUGGUUAUCAUAUUUAAAUCAGCAAUUAUCUUGUCUACGUCGGAUAAACUCUAUUUACUCUGCUCACUUGUAUUAGGGUCGUUGUCAUGGUAACUUGUCAUAUUCUUAUUAUGAGAACUCCAGGUAACAGGAGCUGAAGUUAUCGAGAGUAAGUCGAUGCAGAAUGUACCUCUAUACAUGUAUUUAAGUAUGUCACAAAGUAUUCUUUUACACAGUGCAAAUUGGCAUGCAUUAAAAUGAGGUCAUCUAUACAUUUGAAUUGAUCAACUAGCUUUUAAAAAAAAUCUUGUGGAAAUAUUAAGGAAAAUUUGUUCAAAUAUUUUUGUUAGAUUUAAUUUUAGCUUAUUGAAUAUUGCCAUUGCAUUUAUGCAUAAUACAAACUUCAGUUUUGGUUUUUGAAAGGAAAGUUUGAAUACAAUAUUUUCUCAAUUUAUUGAAAUACAUAAUAAUUAUCUUCUUGGACAGGCAUAUGAACAAGGAUAGAUUUUGGGAGCUCAAAGAUAGUGUAAAUCAUUAUUGAAUCUUCUAGUGGAUGUUUAUUACAAAAUCUCAAUUCAGUCCUAAAUAAUUUCAUGUUUAGAUUUGGAGUAUUGUUUGGUCAAAAGCAGAUUAUUAGUACCUGGUAUAUGUAAUUGCACCGAAAUUUCAAGACCAGGGAAUAAGAAACUUAUCGUAGGUUUCAAACUUUUUUUAAGCAUUGUUCAGAAAGUUUUCAGCCUGUUUACCAGGGGAAGCUAGAUGGUGAAAGUCCAAGAUAAGUAUCUGGUAUUAAGUUUACAUACUGGUUGUGGUGAUGCAUAUAUUGAUGUAUUCCCAAGGACAAGAAAGUGCUUAAGAAGUGCAUGCCUUUGUACUAUUAUAUACAUCGGCCAUGUUUAUUGUAUAAAGUCAUAUCUGUAUUUUCUGAAAUUUGGCCAUUAAAAUAAUGAAAUGUCA